AUGAAGUUUAUACUAGUUACAGUGAUAUUGGUACACCAUAUAACCGCGGAACACUAUAAAUCGAAGCCUAGCUUUGUUAAAACGUGUUCGUUGAGUGAUCCCGAUUUUGACGAUUGCUCUAAAACGGCUGUACAAUUAUUGUUCAAUGCAUUGGGACCUGGUCUUCCAGAGAUAGAUUUGCCUCCAUUAGACCCCUUAAAAAUACCAAAAAUAAGAAUAUUACAGGGAGAUGGCCCCGUUAAUGUCAACGCAGCGCUUGACGAUGUUACCGUGUCCGGCUUCGGUAAAACCGAUGUUUUACUGAGUCAAGUGGACAGCAAAACAUACGACUUUUACACAAAGGUACGAGUACCAAAAAUAAGAAUUGAAGGAACUUAUGAUUUAAAAGGAAAAAUUUUAUUGAUACCCUUAGUUGGUCGUGGUCGGUGCUGGUUUGAGCCCAGUAACAUGACAAUUGAUAUCGUCAGUGACGUGAAAUUAUAUGAUAAAGAUGGAUUUACGUUCUUUAACGUUACUCAGGUUCAUGUUAAAUAUAAUAUUGGAGUUCUCAAACUGUAUAUGCACAAUCUAUUCGACGGAAUUUCAUCUUUGGAGGAAAGUACGAACGCCUAUUUGAACGCAAAUUGGCGCCCUGUGUCCGAAUCACUACGACCAAUUCUAUCAAAAACAAUUGAAGAUAUUCUACUCGGAUUUAUGCGGCAAAUAUUUCAUAAUUUACCUGCAACCUUUAUCAUAGAAGAUGUUAAAAAUAAUAGUUUAUUAAGCAAGAAGGAUGACAAACAAUUGUAA